AUGGCGCCAACAGAACAACAAGAACAGGAACGUGUUGAGCGAUCCUUACAGCGCGCUAUUGUUAAACGAGAUAAGCAUGUUAAUCAGAUGUUAAUAUUGUUCAAAUUAUCGAAGACAGUUGAGUCUGAUCCGUCAUCUUUACCUAUGUUCGAUGCGCGUAAACGGGAUUUGGAAACACUCAUGUCAGCUUUUCGCCUCGACCAGGAGGACGUUAUGGAUCAAAUGGUAGAGCUAGGGCGGAUUGACGAGUUCAUACGGGACCAUAGUGUCAUUGAAACUGUUGUCACCGAACAAUACUAUUCUAUACAAGCCGUGGCGGGAGCGAUGGCCUGUUGUAAAAUGGAUACGGUAAUUAGAUCAGGCUCUCACAUUAAUUUACCAAAAAUUGAGUUACCGCACUUUAAUGGUGACAUAAUUAACUGGCGGUCUUAUCGUGACACAUUCACAUCGCUUGUCCACGACAAUCCAGAUCUUAACAGUGUUGAGCGAUUUCACUAUUUAAUUGCUUCAGUCUCUGGAGCUGCGAGUACGGUGGUACGUUCAGUUCCUCUUACUGGUCCCAAUUAUGAAGUUGCCUGGAAUGCAUUGCAUGAUCGUUUUGACAGUACACGUCUUAUACUUCACGCGCACUUGGACAAAUUAUUCGGAUUUUCUCUCAUAAAAAAUGAAUCACUAACUGACCUAAAUAACUUUUUAGAUGUAUUUAAAGAGAACACAGCAGCGAUCAACGCUCUAGGUGUGCAUGAUCUGUCCGGUUUCCUACUAUUCUAUAUAGCGUCGCGCGUCCUGGAUAGUUCGACGAAGCGUCUCUUCGAGGCUGAUCGGGGCACACAUGAUCUUCCCACUCUAAAUGAUUUAUUAAUAUUUAUACAAUCUCGGUGCAAAAUUCUACAAAAUAGUUCGAUGUCAGACGCCGAAAGAAAACCUGCAGCUUUCACGCGCCAAAAACCUGUAACUUCAAGAUCAUCGUUAUUGGCCGCAACCAAGGAUCACGAGCCUUACUGCUAUGCGUGCCAAGGGACACACUAUAUAUACAAAUGUGAGAAGUUUAAGGGACUAACCACAUCAUCACGAUUUCAGCUGGUAAGGUCCAAGAACAUGUGUUCAAAUUGUCUCAGUGGUUCCCAUACGGUUUCCACAUGUACGUCGAAGUAUUCGUGUCGAACCUGUUCCGGAAAACAUCAUUCGUUACUGCACUUCGAAUCGCGAAAGCGCCAGGCUGGCACUAAGUCAAAUAACAAUGCACCCGCGGUUUCAUCGUCGUCGGCAGCCCCCGUUGGUAAUCUACCAAGCACCGAUGACACGUCAUUUGUUGGUACCGUUAGCAGCGGCAAUUUGAGUGUUCUGGGCACAGCUGUUAUUCGGAUGUGCAACCAACAGGGACAGUGGGUACCAGUCCGUGCAUUAAUAGAUUGUGGAUCACAAAUAUCUGCCAUAACAACAAAGUGCGCAACACGACUUGGUCUCACUCGCUGCAAUCGUACAAUCAACGUAGUCGGAUUGUCACAGAGCCCCGUAGUCCAGGCAAAAGGUGUAGUCUUGUGCAGCAUAGUACCACACAUGCGGUUAGAUCGACAGCUAACUUGUGAACCCGUUCUAUUGUCAAAGAUUACUGGGCUGAUGCCUUCGAAAGUGUUAGAUUUAUCUAUACGAACUCAUUACAUGGAUCUGGAGCUCGCAGAUCCGAAUUUCGAUCGUCCAGGGCAAAUUGAAUUCUUACUAGGCGCUGACGUGUACAACCACAUUUUCACAGACGGUUAUCAUGUACGUCAUAUACCAGGAUUGCCUUCCGCGUUCGAGACAACACUGGGCUGGAUUAUUGUUGGAGCCGCGGCAGCCUCAAGAACUUUGUCAUCGCAAGUAUCACUGUCAUUGACAACCGAACCGUCACUUAAACAAUUGCUGAACCGGUUUUGGGAAGUUGAGGAGCCUGUGGUUUUACCUAAUCCGUUUACAGAAGAACAGAAGUGCGAAGAGAUUUUCCGCCGUACCACCACCAGAGACCCGUCUGGGAGGUACUCAGUGUCGUUUCCGUUUAAAAUCAACCCUUCCGUUCUUGGUGAUUCCCGGUCAAUGGCACUAUCAAGAUUUUAUAACUUGGAGCGUAAAUUAACAGCCGAUCCUAUCAUAUACGAGGAAUAUAAAUGUUUUAUGAACGAGUAUUUACAACUUGGCCACAUGAAACUCGCGCAAACUCCAGGAAACUACAUCAUUCCACAUCACGCAGUAGUCAAACGAACGAACGGGAAAAUUAAACUAAGAGUCGUAUUUGACGCGUCUGCCACUACAUCCUCUGGAACAUCAUUAAACAAUUUGUUAUUUAUCGGACCCAAAUUGCAAUGUGACAUAGCAGAUCUAUUACUACGAUGUCGAUUUCAUGUUUAUAUGCUCACAGCAGAUAUAUGCAAAAUGUAUAGACAAAUACAGGUGUCACCAGCGGAAUGCUCUUACCAGCAUAUUUUGUGGCGCAACGAUCCAUCUGAAUCAAUACAGGAAUAUGCAUUGUCGACAGUUACUUACGGCGUGUCUUCGUCUACCUUUCAAGCCAUCCGUGUAUUGCAUCAACUGGAACUGGACGAAGGUUCCAACUACCCAGCUGCACAAGGAGUGUUAUCUAGUCAAACUUACGUCGAUGACAUUAUAGCCGGAGCUGCCUCAGUCGAAAAGAUGGUGACGUUGCAGAAACAGCUCAUCGGUUUGCUAGGUCAAGGUAAAUUUGAGCUAAAGAAGUGGGCAAGUAACUGUCCACAAGUUCUGCAAAAUAUCUCAAAGGACGAUCAAGUUGUGGAAUUGUCAUUCGACCCAAAGGAUGAUUGUUCAAUAAAGAUUCUGGGGUUACAUUGGGACCCGGCAAAUGAUAUAUUCAGUUACCAUAGUGAUCCUUGCGUCUCUCGACCUACGAAACGUUUAGUGCUAUCCGCAAUAGCUAAGAUCUAUGACCCACUCGGAGCCUUAUCACCCAUUACCUUUUGGGCUAAGUGCUUCAUGCAGAUUUUAUGGAAAAAUGCUUAUGAAUGGGACCAACCGAUCCCCGACGAACUAGCUUGUUCCUGGAAUUCAUUCUCUACGCAGUUACCUUCGGUCUCACAAGUUAAAAUCAAGAGACAUAUUCCUAUUGAACAGUGUACUGACGUUCAACUGCUAGGUUUUUCCGAUGCAUCACAAAGGGGAUACUCAGCUGUUGUUUACAUGCGAUUGUCGUAUGCGUCAAAACCUGGCACAGUACAUCUACUUACAGCAAGGUCGAGGGUAGCACCGUUAAAGAACAGUCGUCUGGACGAGUCACUUUCCAUUCCAAGGUUGGAAUUAUGUGGGGCACUGCUAUUAGCUCAAACACUGCAUCGUGUACAAAAUGCAUUAUCGUCAAUCACUCACAUAUCCUCGAUCCAUGCAUGGACCGACUCUACAGUGGUGUUAUCUUGGCUAACAACUCAGCAAGUUACAUUCAAAGUAUUUGUCACGAACAGGCUUAACAAGAUAAGUGAACUUCUGCCCUCGGUUCAGUGGCGAUACGUACCAUCAAUGCAAAAUCCAGCUGAUUGUGUGUCCCGUGGCUUACUUCCUACCGAGGCAUUAGAACACA